AUGCGCCCGUCCAUCCUGCGGCUCUCCGCCGUCGUGAGCCUUGUCUUCACCUUUAUUAGCUUCAUCUUGGCCGCCAUCACGCUCUUCGCUGGUCGCGACACCGGUACUCUGGAAAAUUAUGCAGUAUUGCGCGUCAAUGUUUCCUUGGCCCCGAGGGCCGUAAUUGAGCUCGGCAUCAAUCAAUUAACAGGCGGCCAAAACAGUCGCUCCGUCGAGCGCAUGGCCCCUCGGAGCGCCAACUGGCUGGAGAACGUCUCGUCCGGCCUGCGGGACUUGCUCGGCGACAUUGAAAAGAACAUUACCGACGUAGUCACCCAAGGGAUUGAUACCUUUGUCGACGAUGCUGUUGCCGAGGCGAAGCGCCAGCUGAACAUCUCCGACUGGUAUUCUCUGCAUGUCCUGAGCACUUGCCAGGGCGAUUUCACCCCCAACGCGAGUGUGAGCAAUCCAGGUCGCCACACGACGAGCUGUAUAGGCGACGUGAGACACCGCUUCAACAUUGCUGCGGUGCUGGACCAGCAAUUUCAAAUCGGAAAUCGCAAUGUGAGCCUAGGCGACCUCGACUGGACAGACUCGAUACGGAAGCGGGUCAAUGGCAUCAAUGACAAUUUGUAUGCACUGGUCAUCCUCAUGUCCCUUGCCUUUGGCUUGCUCGGCGCCACACUCUUCUCGACCGUCGCCAUCAUUGCCUGGCCCACAAACAAGAUCCUUGUGCUCGCAACGCUCAUAUUGACGGCACUGGCCAGUUCCAUCAUUGCCGGCGCGAGUAUAGCCAUCACGGUCCAGAGCUCCAGCGAGAUACGUGAUCUGAACCGGAAGACUGCACGAAUCGGCAUCAUUACCACGUCCGGCGAGCAGUUUCUGGCCAUCAUUUGGACUUUGAUGGCCUUGACAACCAUUGUCGCGCUUACAUGGCAGGUCCUGUAUGUGUUGGUGAGACGGGAUGCACGACGCGCCGAGAUUGUCCGGUACUCCUCCAAGAACGAUGCGGCACGCCAACAGGAACCAGGAUCCGAGGCGCCGCUGCAACGGGAGAAAUAG